AGUCGACUGCUCCAGUUCUCCACGCCAGUUGCCAAUUUUCCAUGGUUUGGGUUACGUCUACUGCAACUUAAGUCUCAACGGACCACUCCUAAAACCUACUGACGACGGGCAACGACGACGAUGCAACGGCAAAGUCACACUCACAGCAUCCUGUCCUAUGGCGUCGGCGGUCUUCUGACUUCUAUUAUCGGACUCGUUCGACGUUGUACUUGGUACUAUUUUGCUUUCAGCCCAAUGUUUUAGUCGUGAACAGUGUUCGCUAGCCUUUCUUUGUUUUUGGUUAUCCUCAAUUUUCUCUUGCAGCACAUGGAGUGAUUUUCUUUCCUUGUAUACAUGAUUAACAUGUAUGUGUCAGCAACUUUUGCUAGCUUGUUCUGUUUUCAUGAGAAAAAUUGGCCCCUUCUUCCUUAUGGGCAUAUUCUUUUUCUCUCCCUUACUAGCUUCUUAACCAUGUUUGUUCACUCUCUUAGUAUCUCUUUUUGGGUAUGUCAAAAACAUCAAAUUUCUGCUCUCUUGCUUUCCUUGGGACGCCAAAAAUGCACACCCUUUCUCUUUAGUGUAUGAUAUUCUAUUCAAUUCACUGUUAGUUUGAUCAGCUGAUACUGCUUUAACUAGCCUAAACUACACUGAAUUGAGGGGUAAAUCUAUGAGGAUUAUGUGGCAUCAGAUAGACCCUAUCACGAGGAAGACUGGCACUGGGAACCUUUAAUCAAGAAUAUCGACCCUUCAAUUACCAGUGCUCGCUUGCAAGAAGUCUUUGUUAAUUAUGGAGAAAUACUAUCAUGCAAAGUCGCUGAGGAAAAUGGGAAGAGUAAGGGUUUUGGUUUCAUUCAAUUUGAUUCCGAGAUAUCAGCUAUGGCAGCUCUAAAUGCCGUCAAUGGCACCCUGCCGGAAGGCAAGAAGUUAUGUGUGUCGAAGUUCAUUAAAAAGUGUGAGAGAAAGGACGCAGAACUAGGUUUCACAAACUUGUACGUGAAAAAUCUAGAUGGUCGUUUGAGGAUCACCUCAAAGAAAAGUUUUCAGAAUAUGGAAAGGUCUGCAGUGCUGUCACAAUGAAGGAUGAGAAUGGGAAAUCCAAAGGUUUUGGAUUUGUGAAUUUUGAUACACAUGAAGAGGCUACGAAAGCCAUGGCAACUCUAAAUGGAGCACUGAUUGGAAAGUAUCCUUCUUGCUCAGCACGAUUCAAAUAUAUCUAGCAUCCCCUUUUUUCACUACUUAAGAUUGACUCUUGAAUAAAGUAUUUUUUGUAUGAAUCAGGAUCAAAGAAUCUCUUUGUGGGAAGGGCUCAAAAGAAAGCUGACCGGAUGAAGCUUCUAAGACAAGUACAUCGACAUAAUUAUCCAGAGUCAAAGGCUUCAUAACUAUUUGUGGAUAAUCUUGAAGUAUCUGCUGAUGACUGGAAAUUGGAAGAAAUUUUCAGUGGUCAUGGAAAAGUAACAUCAGCAAACGUGAUCCAUGGUAGAGAUGGAGUUAGUGAAGGUUGUGGUUUUGUGAGAUUUACCAGUUCAAAGGAGGCAGCGAAAGCUAUGCUUUCACUAAAUGGAAUAACUAUCCAAGGGAAGAGACUGUAUGUAGCCUUGGUUUUGUACGAUGCAGAAAAAAUGCGAAGUUGUCCUUUAAAUUACCCAACUCAGUCAUUUUACACUAAAAACUUGGAUGUCAUUACCUCAGAAUUUCGGCCACUGCAUUAUGACUUCCCUCACUACUCCCCUUGGGAUCAUACAGCAUAUCAAAUUGUUCCUAUCCCACAAUUGAAUUCUUGGGAUCCAAAUUUGGGAGACAUUUCAUUCACUGCAUGUCCAAAUUCUGGGUACCUCUCGUUAAUUUUACGGAGCUCAGAAUCGCCCAGGAACCAUUUCCAUACAUAUCCCUCCACAGCAAAAAGUGCAUGGGAAUACCAAGAACUAUAUGCAAAAAUACAUAGUGUGUUUACUCAAAACCCCAUGGAGUCUACGAAGGAUAAAAAACUGUCUAGCAUAUUUCAAAACAAGAUUAUCAAUGGGGUGACUAUAAAGGAUCAAAAACCAUCUAGAAAAUUGCAAAACAAGAGGAUCAACGGAGUUGCAGAGAAGUUCUCUCAAGGAUCAGAAACUACAAAACCUGUUUCUGCAACAUGCUCGCCUGGGGAUAUGUAUUAUUAUCCUGUUAAGAUUGUUCAGGUCUCUGAUUACACAUUACACUUUCCUCAAUGAUCCCUAACUUUCUGCUGUUCGAAAUGAAGAUGUCUGACACAUAGAAGCUGCUAAAAUCGCCGUAAAGAAAGCAGUUUAACAGCCGGAGGAAAAUAGGAAUGAUUUAGGCGGUCUUGAUGCUUUGCCUAUCCAUGUCUAUCUGCCAAUCUAGUUUUCAUUCAUCUGUCUGUUAACAAAUUUUGUAAAAAUCAUUGUUAGUGUUUUCCACCGUGCAAUUGACAAUAAAAAACGUAUUGUAGGAAUCAUAACUGAUGCAAAUUCCAAUGCUUUUUUCUUUGUGGAGCA